CCGGACUCGGUUAUCUCGUAUCCUGCUUGGUGCACGAUUUCCCGCUGUCGGCGAAUCCGCCCUUGGAACCAGCUUUCCCUCGAUAGUCCGCGUAUAUUCGGUUUCGUCGUCGAUCGCAAUCGGUUGGAAGAUUCGUGGUACCGUGAGACGAAAUCGUUCGGCGGUUCGAUUCGCGGGUGAAUGUCGACUGUCAGGAAGAACAGGAUGACCCUGACCAGUCUGGGUGGAGUUCUUGCCAUCCUGAUACUACUGACGAUAGAGACCUCGUGGACCAGAGCCAAGCCUCAGCAGAUUAAACCUGGAUGCAGGUACGAAGGACGAAGGUACCAGGACGGCACGCCGGUGGUCACGUCCGAACCAUGUUUGCAGUGUAGGUGCACCGAGGGUGCGCUCAGAUGUCGUCUUCGAGUUUGUCCACGGCUACCGAAUUCGCCGCCCCUCGGUUGUCGCGUUCGUCCGCCCGGAGAGAACGUCUGCUGCGCGGAAUUAGUUUGCGGCGAGACACGCGAUGCCGAGAACAUGCUACGCAGAUCGAACAUUCGUGUGGAGCAAGAGGAGAAGAGUGGAACUCAGCAGAGUUCUCGUCUUCAAGGUUGCCUUCACGAGGGCGUGAGAUACGGGCCUGGCUCGGCGAUGAUGGGCUCGCGUAGAUGCGAGUACUGCUACUGCAUCUCCGGCGCUAGAAGAUGCAUCAGACCGAAGUGCCUGCUGCCCUUGCCAGGAUGCACGCCCCUCUACGCCCCGCAUUCGUGUUGCCCCGUUGCCUACAAUUGCACCCAACUCUACUCGUCGACCCUGGCGCCGAUCAUGGGAAAUGGGUGUCGCGUGGGCUCGAGGGUGUAUGAGGAGGGUGAGAUGGUCCGUGACAUCGAGUGGAAGGCCGCCUGCGACAAUUGUUUCUGCGCUAUGGGCGCGGUACGCUGUGUUCCCCUUGCCUGCGCACCACCUCUUCAAGGGUGCAGCCCGAUCGUACGCGAUGGUCACUGUUGCCCGUCCACCUACAACUGCAGCGGUAGCAUCGAAGUUAAGGCCACCCAGAACUACGCAUCGUAUGCCUUUAUCAGCAAGGACUACGCCAAGUUCCGCAAGGAGACCAAUUUCUUUCCGGUAGUCGAUCAGAUAACAAAUCCACCGGUGGAGGGACGCGGUCAUCGGGUAGUCGAGGAUUCGAGGGUCGAGUCGAGCACAAGGGAGAUCGACGAGGAAUCUUCGAUCGCGACCGAAUCCACAUCCUGGCCGUCCACCUUCGAAACGGAUAUCAUGGACAACGAAAUCCUCGAGACGGUUGGCUACCUGAAAUCCAGCUCCGAGAUCACAGCUACAACAGUCGCUUCGCUCGAAGAGUCAACAGCACAGGAGUCAAUGCUGACUCAUAAGAGCGAGGAUGUUUUCAACGAUUUAUCAACGAUUUUCACGACGAUUGACUUCGAGACGACUACAAUCAACAAUGUGGAGGAGGAUCUAGCAACAGACGAUACUGUAACUACGGCAACAGAGGAAUUGACGACACUGUUAUCGGAUGCAAUCGGAAAUGAUAGCGUGACGGAGAUGCAAGAGAAGCAGCUCAAUUUGACUUCGAAGACCAAAGGCACAACCUCGUUCACGAGCGAGGAGCUUGAACUACGUUUCGAACACGUCAACUCGACGGCAGAACCAGUGACGGUGGUCACGGAGUCAACGGGCAAAGGGUCCGUCACCAGGACGUCAUCCACCGUGCUAAUGCCAGACGACAUUCUGGUGAUGAACGUGACUGUGAAAACGAACGUCUCCGUGGGUCACAUACACGGUGUCACGAUCAACCCGAUCAGGUCAAUCCCGCCGGACGUCGAGGCCAUUCUGAACAUUACUCACCGUGAGAAGGAUGACGAUUACGAUUACGACUACAGCGAACCCACACUGCCUCCGUCGUUACCGAAUGUCAGGAUAAUACCAUUCGUGGCGGCAGACGCAUUGGUGAAAGAAAAGACAGUACCAUCCCCGGUUACCGGAUACCCUUCCGGCUCGGUGGUCGUGCCUCCGGAGCUACGGCCCACUGACACCUCAGGAUUUUACGAUAUCGCUACUCAGGAAAACAGAUUCAGCCCGCCAGUUGAGACGGAAGGUGGAUUUCUUCCAAGGGAGCCACCCUACUUCGAUGCACCAUACCAUUCAACUGAUUUGAAUCUUGAAAUUGGGACAGGCGUCACCGUGGUCCCAGCACCCAUAACAAACUCUCAUCGUAAAGCGAGCAACUGUCUCUUCGAGAAUAUGGAGUACCGGCACGGCGAGAUUCUGCCGAGCAGCAGUAUCUGCGUGAUUUGCAUGUGCUACUACGGCGAGGUUGUGUGCUCCUCAGAAAAAUGUCCGCCGCUGAAAAUCGGAUGUAGGAGGAUCAACACUGAGGAGACGUGUUGCGGGAAAGUUGUAUGCGUGGAGGCGGAAGAAUCGCCGACAGUGGUGUUGGAUCGUGCAGAUGCAACUGCACCGUCGCUUCAUCAGCCGAUAGUGUCACCGGAUCCAUUCCGCGACGUGAUCAAGACGGAACCAGCUCCAGAUCUGCCAUCCCUCAUUGAAGACAUGAUACCAUACCUUGUGGAGCAUGGAAUCACUACUCCGAGACCGUCCAUCCCUAGCACGCCAAAAGCUUUGCCAUUGCAAGGACCGAACUCUCAACGCUUACCGAAUUUCGACUUCGUCGACAAUUUGUCUUUGCUACGUCCACCAUACAGACCAGAGGAAAAUUCGGACAUACCAGUCUCCAAUAAUAAAUACGAUAUAAAUCCGGAGGGACAUUUUAAAGACGGGAUCGAAUCAAACCAUAAUUCAAAAAAGGCUGAACAGUACGUGGAUCACGUUUCUGAAGCAAUCCCUUAUAGAAUCAGUUCUUUGGUGACAGAGCAUACUACUAAGAAGCAGAAAGAUUCUCCUAACAAUAUAACAAAACCCGAUUCUAUUAAAUUGAACGACCGAAAAGAGAACGAUACCGAUAUUUCGUUUAAACCGAAGAUCGACGAAUCACAAUUAAAAUUGAACAGUUCUCAUUCUCAUACCAGUACCGAUAAACCAAAUUCAGAUUUAGAAGACUCUAUAUUUUCAUUUGACAGCGUUUUGGAUUUAUUGUUUUCAUCGGAUACAGUAAAUGACAAUAAGAACAAAAGCGUAAAGACAACGGAAACUCCAACUACCGAUAGAUCUCCGACUACCAAUUUCGAUUACAAAGCGGAGGAGAAAACGAGUUCGCUCAAUGCGAAUGAGAAAAUAGAAAACCCCGUGACGGAAGUUGGAACGGCUUCCAAGUUGUUCGAGAACGAAAUACCCAUAUCGGUGGCGAGUUUAUUGAAACUGGCCGGAUGUAAUAUUUACGGAAGGAUGUACCGGGUCGGGAGGAUCAUCACCGAAUUGUCAGGUCCGUGCCUAGAGUGCAGGUGCACGGAAAUCGGGGUGCAAUGCAAGCAACUCGAAUGUUGAUCGCGGCUGCCCGUGCUCAUGCCCGGGCCCGGCUGUUUUCCUUGUGAUUAGGUUCGUUUCAGUUAAUGGAUUCACUGCUGCGUCAUUCGAAGUGGUUCCCAGGGGCAAGUUUCGAUGGUCGUCACGAGAUUUCGGGGGUUCGCGGGAUUUAAUUAAUGCCUCCUGUGCUGAGAUCUUGUCUACUGUCUUAAUUGACAGAUAUUUCAUAAUACAUUACAACCUUUUUCUUCCUCUUUGAAGAUUGUCAAACUGAUAAUUGUGAAUAAUUCUGAUUAAAACAAAUAUUGUGAUCAGUA